UCGCCUCUUAAAGGAUGAUUUAUCCAUAUGUGUCCAGUUGCCGGUGGUGGAGGGUGUUGCAAAAAUUGAGAGAGACCAAAGAGAACAUUGGCUGUACGCACAGUGGCUACCAGUGCUGAGCUGUGGGCUGCACUACUGAGAUGUCUCCCCCUAUGGCCACUGACGGUUAUGGGUACUGAUGCUUUCCUUCCCAUCCCUGGCAGUGAGCUGUUCCAGCAGACCAGCGUGUGGAUGUCCCUAAGUCCCCACAAGACUUCUUGGGACCAUUAGUAGCUUUGGCAACUCAUGGCAUGAUCUAGCCCCUCUGGCAGCAGCGUGACCUGUCCUUUAGGAGUCCUUUUGUUGCUUUGUGGGAUGCCCCUACUGCAGGUCUGCCCCUGAGACAGGCCAGGCCACAAAAUCGCUUGUAAGGAAUAAAUAGUAACGGUUCAGCUGUGCUCUGUGAGCGAGGUGACAGGUUUUCUCUCCUGAGUCUGACGAGGGUUGGACUGGAAUCUGAGUAGCCUGAAAAUGGAAGAUACUAUUUGGCAUCUAUAGCCUGCUCCUUCCUUAUUCUGAAGGGUAUUUUUUUCCCUUGUGGGAAGAAGGCUGCGUUGUUUUUUUAUUGUGUCGUUUCCCUUCAGUUUGCACAGCAUAGUCACCCCAGUAGUUUCCAUCAGCAGCACCAGUAGAGAUGGGCCCAGACAGUUAUUGGGCUCUGUCAAAGGCCACAUUCAGCCUCCUGUAUCUGGAAGAAGUAUCUAAACCAUGUAAUGCUUCUGAGCAUAUUUCCGUCUCUUGGCAGCACUGAGCUUCUGACACUGUACAUCAGUGUUUUAAAAAGCAGGCACCUGAGCUGUGAGCCUGGAAUUUGCACACUCGUCUGUAGCACCUGCAGAGCUUGCACUGGGAUGUUGGCACUAGGUGGGUGCGCACACUUGGGAUCGGCUCCUACAGACACAGUGCACACAGGUCAGGCUAACACUGGACAGAUGGAUGAUACCCAGGAACAGUGGAAAAUGGCCACCUGCAAUUUAGCCCUGAUUCAGGUACAGGCCAUUGUAGUGGGGCUGCUGGCUGCCAUAGCUGCUGUCAUCCUGGGAGCGAUCUCAAAGGGGCACGUGGAGCUGAAUCAGGCUGCAGUGCUCUGUGCGAGCAGCGUGACUACAGCGUUCAUAGCUGCGCUCUCCCUAGGUCUGGUGAUGAUCGGCGUGAUCAUCGGUGCGAGGAAGGUGGGGAUAAACCCAGACAAUGUUGCCACUCCCAUAGCAGCGAGCCUUGGAGAUUUGAUAACCCUUUCUCUGCUAGCAGGAAUCAGCAGCACCCUCUUUAAAUACAUAGAUGUGAAAUACCUUUCGCCUUUGAUCUGCACUGUGUUUAUUAUCAUGAUUCCUCUUUGGGUUGCUAUUGCCAAGCAAAGUCCGUCUAUUGCUGAGAUCCUGAAGUCUGGAUGGCAGCCGGUGAUUGUUGCAAUGAGCAUCAGCAGCAUUGGUGGGCUGAUCUUGGACAAAACUGUAACUGACCCAAACUUCGAAGGCAUGGCGGUUUUUACACCUGUGAUUAAUGGUGUUGGUGGGAAUCUGGUAGCCAUCCAAGCCAGCCGCAUCUCCACAUUCCUGCACUUCUGGAGCAUGCCUGGAGUCCUGCCCUACAAGAUGAGGCCGAACUGGCCCAAUCCAUGCACUACGUUCUUCAUGUCAGGGGUGAAUUCCAAGUCAGCCCGCGUCCUGUUCCUGCUGGUUAUCCCUGGACACCUGGUGUUCCUGUACGCCAUUCGCCUCCUGCAGGGCGGGCACACAGCCAUCACCUUCACUUUUGUGAUCUUUUAUCUGACUGCUGCUUUGCUGCAGGUGGGAAUCCUGCUCUACAUGGCUGAUCUAAUUGUGCGACUGGUAUGGAGGAAGGCCCUGGAUCCAGACAACUUCUCCAUCCCCUACCUCACUGCCCUGGGUGACCUCCUGGGCACGGGAUUCCUGGCACUUUGCUUCCACUUGGUUUGGCUCGUCAACGGGACUGAGAUGAAACUGGGAAACUAACUGGACAUCUGCUGCAGCGUUGCUGCUCCACCAAGCAAGUCAUUCAGUAUGGUGCUUUAACAUGGUCCAACAAGGUCGUUAGAGACUACGUCUAAGACCAAGUCUUUAAACUGAAUGGGUCUGCUACCCUUGCCCACCCCUACUGACCACUGAAGUGCCUUACAGCUGUCUAAUUUAGAUCAAAAGAAGCAGCAUCUGUCUGGAUUUAUCCAGCUUUGAAAGUGACCUAGCCAUCUUAAAACAGUGUACUCUGUCUAUGUGUGCAUCUAUAGAACCAGGGGUUAAGGAACACAGGUCAUAUCUUUUGGCAAAUCUGCAUUUUGAUUGGCUUAAAAAUGUAUGAAUGUAACCACCUGGUAAGUAGGAGACUAAUUCACUCCCCACUGAAGUCAAUGGGAGUCUUUCCAUUGUCUUCAGUUAGUCUUUGGAUUGGAUCCUAGAUGAGGAUAUUGCAAUGUCUCUGAUCAGCAGUUAGAGCCCAAAUCAUAUUUUCUUGCCCCUCUCCCUUCCCAGCACAUCCCUGGGAGCAAGAAUCAAUAAAGGCCUUAAAAUUCUCUCUCCAUAACUUCUGUAUUCAGGGUCUCAAAGAGCAUGAUCCCCAUUGGAUUGCA